AUGUCAACACACCCCGGCCCUUACGCUCUGAUCCACCUCGACGCCGGCUUCCCGAACUGCAACCACAUCCAUGUCGUCGAUCUGGUUUCAGGAGAGUUUCACCCCUGUCUGGUCAACUUCCCGAGCCAUUCCGAUGCCGAAGAAUAUGUGUCUCAAGCCGUGCUGCGAUGCGGCUCCGAGCGCGGCGACUUCACUGUGCUCGCACUGUCGAGUACCAGUACCCUCGUGGCAGUGGGCUGCGGCGAAGAAGACGCACUCGGCUCUUCUACGCCCGCGCCUUUGGCGCUGUCACUCCGACACGGGCUCACUCCCAAGGCUUUAUCCGCCGAUGGCACUCGCGCGUUGUGUUUCGUCAACGCGUCGGGGCCUUCCGGCCCUCCCCCCGCCGCUCCUCAGUUCUGCGUUGUGGACACCGUCACCGGAGAGAUAUUAUCGGGGCCAUUCGGAGGCGAGCGACUUUCGGGAAUCAUUGGUGAAGACCCCGGAAUGGAUAUCAUGCCGUCUGGCUACUCUUCACUGUACUACCGCGGAGGGUGGUUUUGGAGCACGCUGCACGGCAGGCUCUACCGAACUCCCGCUCUCGACCACGAACGGGACGUUCAUCGAGUCGCAGUCACGUACGACGGGUCGAUGGUCGCAUGGUCGGAUUGGGAUGGGGUCGUGCGCUUUCAUCGCAACGUAGGCGACGUUUGA